UCUGAUAAUGAUUGUAUGUUUGCAGAGGAAACCACUACGGCAACUACUUCUGACAGCAGCGACUCUGGUGGUACGGAUGCUGCUAACACUGAUUCAACUCAAACCGAAGCUGGUGUGACAAGCUCAUCUGAGUACAGUACCACGGGACCGCCCAGUACUCCAGAAAAAGGAUCUCAUAUUCCAGAAGCAACUCCCACAUACUCAGAAACAAAUACAAUUAUUGGUGAAGCUUCUACUUGGGACAAAGGAGCAUACAAAGCUUUCAACGGCCGUAUCUUUUCCUUUGAGUCACCAUGCACGUACACUUUCUGCCGCCACUGCGUUGACUCUGGAGAUUUCAAUAUUGAGAUCAAACGAAACACUGAUAGUGAGAUUGAAAAAAUAACGGUUUUAAUUGACAAUAAUGACAUCUCUAUAUCUGGUGACACCAUUUUAGUUAAUGGAGAAAGUGUACAGAUACCAUAUAACAACAAGCUGAUUCACAUUAAAAAACAUGGAGAAUAUAAUGUCCUGAACAGCCGUAGAGGAAUCUUGUCAUUAAUGUGGGACAAAAAUAACAAACUCUCACUCACUCUUCACAAGCAAUAUCCAACUUGCGGUCUUUGUGGUAAUUUCAACACCACUCCAGGAGAAGACAUCAAUGAGCACAUUGCCAAGAGUAAAAUUGCUGGUGAUUGCCCUGAAGCUACUAGUAAAACCUAUCAAACUUGCGAAGAUGGAGUAGAGUACUGUAACAAAAUUAUUGGAACCUACUUUGAGGAAUGUGGAAAGGUUUCUGCCUUGUCCAGUGACUACAAAAAGGUCUGCAUUGAUGAGUAUUGCCAAAAUAGAGACAAAGCGUCGACAUGUGACACUUAUUCAGAAUUGUCCCGCCUUUGUGCCUCAGACGGUCCCGGCACCUACGAAUCCUGGCGAAACGAUUCUGAUGUGGUUUGCGAAAAACCUCAAUGCCCAGAACAACAUAUCUACAAAGAAUGUGGCCCCUCAAAUCCUGCAACUUGUUCUAAUGUAGCUCCUUUUCAAGACAGUGAAUGUGUGAGCGGCUGCACCUGCCCAGAAGGUUAUCUGUUGGAUGACAUUGGAGAGAAAGGAAGAUGUGUAUUGAAGGCCGACUGUCCCUGUGAGUCUAAUGGAAAUGUCUACCUGUCAGGAGACGUUCGAGAAGGUCCUUGUGGGUCUCAGUGCACAUGCCAAGAUGCAAAGUGGUCUUGCACUGAAGCAAUGUGUCCUGGAAGAUGUAAGGUGGAAGGAAGUUCAAUUACCACCUUUGAUGGUGAAAAAUAUAACCAUCCUGGAAACUGUCACUUUUUGGCCAUCCAUGAUGAAGAUUGGUCUGUUAGUGUUGAGCUUCGCCCAUGUCCAAGUGGUAUGUCAGGAACGUGCUUAAAUAGUGUUACACUCAUCUUGAAUUCGUCUGGUUCAGUUGACAAAUAUGUAUUUAAUAAAGAUGGAACAGUCACAAAUGACAAGAUUGAAAAUCAACAUUAUUACUAUUCAGACAAAAUACAGAUUUUCAAGGCAUCUCUCUCAUACUUUCAAGUAGAAACAUACUCUCAUGUAAAAAUGCAAGUACAAACUGAUCCCGUGAUGCAAUUAUAUGUCUCCAUGCCACCUAACCAAUUCACAGACACUGUCGGGCUCUGUGGCUCCUACAACAACAGAGCAGAAGAUGAUUUCAUGUCAAGUCAGAAUAUACUGGAGAAGUCGUCUCAGGCUUUUGCUGAUUCUUGGGAAAUGAUGUCCUGUCCUAAAGGAAACCCAACUUCGUGCAUCAGCAUAGACGCAGAAAGGUUUGCUGAAAGUCACUGUGGAAUUCUUCUUGAUUCAAAUGGGCCUUUUGCUUCCUGCCAUCCAAUUGUGAACCCCAAACCGUAUCAUGAGGAAUGCAAAAAAUACACUUGCAGUUGUGAAGAUGGUCAAGAAUGUCUGUGCACAAUUUUAGGCAACUAUGUGAAAGCGUGUGCUGAGAAGGAAACAUACAUAGUGGAAUGGAGAACUGGACGAUGUGAUCACGCUUGUCCAAGUGGCCUAGUUUUCAAGUACAAUGUAAAAGCCUGCAACAGUUCUUGCCGAUCCCUGUCAGAGAGGGAUAGGAGCUGUGAUGUAGAGGACGUUCCGGUAGAUGGAUGCACUUGCCCUGAUGGGAUGUACAAGGAUAACGAAGGAAAUUGUGUUUCAAAGUCCCAGUGUGAGUGCUACAUGAAUGACGAGGUCAUAAAACCAGGCAAACUCAUCGAGAUUGAUGACAAUAAAUGUGUCUGUCGGGAUGGAAUUCUUCUUUGCCAGACUCCCAUUGAUUUAACCCACCAGAAUUGCUCUGGAGGGGCUGAAUAUGUUGACUGCAGCGAUCCCAAGGCACAGAGAAGAGUUGACAGUACAUGCAGUACUCGGAACAUACCUAAUUUUGAGGAGAACUCACCUUGCAAACGUGGGUGCUACUGUCCAGUAGGAAUGGUUCGAGAUUCUAAAGGGAACUGUGUCUUUCCUGAUGACUGCCCUUGCUCUUUUGGUGGACGAGAGUAUAGCCAAGGAAGUGUCACCUCAGUUGGCUGCAACCAAUGUACUUGCAUGAAAGGAUCUUGGAACUGCACACAAAAUGAAUGUCAAAGUACCUGCCACAUCUAUGGGGAAGGUCACGUUCAAACUUUUGACAGAAAAAGUUACAGCUUUGAUGGGCUCUGCCAGUAUUCAUUUGUUGAGGAUUAUUGUGGCAGUGAAAAUGGCACAUUCCGCAUUUUAACUGAAAGCGUCCCUUGCUGUGAAGACGGGCUCACGUGCUCGAGAAAAAUCAUAGUUGCUUUUCAGGAUCAGAAUGUUAUCUUGCAAGAUGGUAAGGUAACAGCCAUCAAAACGACAGAAAGUAAGGAGUGUGAACUCAAUGGAAAUGCGUACACUGUGCAUACCGUUGGCCUAUACCUGAUUCUGAAAUUUGUCUCUGGAAUAACCGUGAUUUGGGACAAAAACACAAGAAUGACUGUUAUAUUGGAGCCAUACUGGAAUGGCAAAGUGUGUGGUCUUUGUGGAAACAGCAACGGCGAUCUCAAGGAUGAUUUCACAACGCGGUACUCCUCAGUAGCUACCGGAGCACUGGAGUUCGGAAAUAGCUGGAAGACGUCUCAAGAAUGUUCAGACACCGUAACUCAGACUUUCCCGUGUGACUCCAACCCCUACUGCAAAGCCUGGGCUGUGCGGAAAUGCGAGAUCAUCCGGGACAGCACCUUCAGGGAGUGCCACAGCAAGGUGGACCCCAGCACUUACUACGACGCGUGCAUCGAGGAAGCCUGCGCCUGCGACAUGGAGGGCAAGUACCUGGGAUUCUGCACGGCUGUGGCCAUGUAUGCGGAGGCGUGCAGCGCGGUUGGGGUCUGCGUGGCGUGGAGGAAGCCCGACCUCUGUCCUGUCUACUGUGAUUAUUAUAAUGCCCCUGGAGAAUGCAGCUGGCAUUAUGAGCCUUGCGGGACGGUGACUGCAAAAACAUGCAAAGAUCGAGUUAUUGGCCAGAAAUUUUCUGCACUUUUAGAAGGUUGUUAUGCUAAGUGCCCGGAAAGUGCUCCUUACCUGGAUGAGAACACCAUGAAAUGCGUCAGGUUAUCCGAGUGCAGCUGCUUCUACAAUGAUGUCAUACCAGCAGGUGGAGUGAUCCAAGACAACUGUGGGAGAACAUGCUAUUGCAUCGCAGGAGAGUUGGCGUGCAGUGGAAUUGGUUCUGACAAUUCAACAGUUACAGUUUCUACUACAACAGCUACCUCCAUAUUAAGGACCACAACAGCAAUUCCAUUGGCAACCAGUAGCUCAGGCUCAGCAACAUUCAUUCCAGGGAUUACAACAUCAAGCAGUGAGACAACAGGAACAACUCUAAGUCUACCCGUUGAAGCUUUUACUACAGGCCUUAUGAGUACUCCGUUUCCCGUCACCUUCACAGCUGGAAGUGCAAGCACCUCUGGAGCAGUGGGUCCCCUCUUCACCAGUCCUUGGCACGUAGCAGGGACCACUGGAUCAUCAGCAAGUACAACCACAGGAGCUUUAAAACCAAGUUCAGCUGACACAGGCUUCAGAGAAGCUGGAAUAGGGGGCCCAACUGCACCACCAGUGGGAACUGAAGAAAAGAGCACACCUGGGGCAACAAGCACCGGAGCAACAAGCACAGGAAGAGCAGGGACCUCAGAAGGACCAGAGGACUUCACCACCACACCCGGGAGCCAGAGCACCAGUGGAGGAGACACAACUGCCCCAGGCACAACCUCGGGAGGCAGAGCGGGGACUACUGAGUCAUCAGCUGGGGAAACGACUAGAGCUCCAAGUGGUGAAGGGACACCCUCUGAGGAAGGCAAGUCAGGAACCACUGGGGGCGAAAAUGUAGCCACCACUGGAGCUGCCGGUGAAAAGACUUCUGGAGCAUCAGGUACACCUGGGACAUCAGGUGGCACAACUGCUGGAGGUAAAAGUACAUCUGAGUCACCCAGCAGUGGGACUACAAGUUCAUCAAAUAAGCUAGGAACAACUGGACAAUCCGCUGAAGGAUCGGGAACCACAGUAGUACCAUCAUCUGAAGGGACAGGGACAACCAUCACAUCAGCUGGAGAAUCAGGCAACACUAGAAAAACAGAAACAACGAGAUCAUAUGAUGUAGGUUCACAGUCAACAGGACCUUCAUCUGAAGGAUUAAAGACAACAGAGGCAGCAACUGGAAUACUAGGGACAACUGGUUCAUCCCCCAAAACACCAACUGGAGGAUUACAAACAACUAGAUCAGAAGCUGGAGGAUCAGGGACGACAGAAUUAUCAACUGGAGCAACAGGAACAACUGUAACGUCUGCUACAGGUUCAGAAACAACUCAAUUAAUAUCUGAAAGAGUAGGGACAACAAGACAAUCAGCUGUAGAGUCAGAGACAACUAGUGGAAUGUCAGGAAUCACUGGUGUAACACCUGAGGGAUUAGGAACAACUGGAAGAUCAGCAUCUGGAACAACUGAAUCAUCUUCUAAAGGUUCUAGAACAACUGAAUCACCAUCCAAAGGAACUGGGACAACCAGAACCCCAGGAGAAGGGAAAGGAACAACUGGUCCAACAUCUGAAAUGCCAGGAUCCACUGGUGUAACACCUGGAGGAUCAGGGAAAACAGGAACAUCAGAAUCUGGAACAAGUGGGUCACCUGUUAAAGGUUCUAGAACAACUGAAUCACCAUCCAAAGGAACUGGGACAACCAGAACCCCAGGAGAAGGGAAAGGAACAACUGGUCCAACAUCUGAAAUGCCAGGAUCCACUGGUGUAACACCUGGAGGAUCAGGGAAAACAGGAACAUCAGAAUCUGGAACAAGUGGGUCACCUGUUAAAGGUUCUAGAACAACUGAAUCACCAUCCAAAGGAACUGGGACAACCAGAACCCCAGGAGAAGGGAAAGGAACAACUGGUCCAACAUCUGAAAUGCCAGGAUCCACUGGUGUAACACCUGGAGGAUCAGGGAAAACAGGAACAUCAGAAUCUGGAACAAGUGGGUCACCUGUUAAAGGUUCUAGAACAACUGAAUCAGCUUCUAAAGGAACUGGGACAACCAGCACCCCACCAGAAGGGAAAGGAACAACAGUCUCAAUGGGUCACAUGUCAGGAACUACUGGUGCAACACAUGAAGGAUCAGGGACAACAGGAACAUCUUUCCGUGGUUCAGGAACAACUGAAUCACCUUCUAAAGGAACUGGGACAACCAGAACCCCAGAAGAAGGGAAAGGAACAACUGGUCCAACAUCUGAAAUGCCAGGAUCCCAUGGUAUAACACCUGGAGAAUCAGGGAAAACAGGAACAUCAGAAUCUGGAACUAGUGGGUCACCUGUUAAAGGUUCUAGAACAACUGAAUCACCUUCUAAAGGAACUGGGACAACCAGAACCCCAGAAGAAGGGAAAGGAACAACUGGUCCAACAUCUGAAAUGCCAGGAUCCCAUGGUAUAACACCUGGAGAAUCAGGGAAAACAGGAACAUCAGAAUCUGGAACUAGUGGGUCACCUGUUAAAGGUUCUAGAACAACUGAAUCACCUUCUAAAGGAACUGGGACAACCAGAACCCCAGAAGAAGGGAAAGGAACAACUGGUCCAACAUCUGAAAUGCCAGGAUCCCAUGGUAUAACACCUGGAGAAUCAGGGAAAACAGGAACAUCAGAAUCUGGAACUAGUGGGUCACCUGUUAAAGGUUCUAGAACAACUGAAUCACCUUCUAAAGGAACUGGGACAACCAGAACCCCAGAAGAAGGGAAAGGAACAACUGGUCCAACAUCUGAAAUGCCAGGAUCCCAUGGUAUAACACCUGGAGAAUCAGGGAAAACAGGAACAUCAGAAUCUGGAACUAGUGGGUCACCUGUUAAAGGUUCUAGAACAACUGAAUCACCUUCUAAAGGAACUGGGACAACCAGAACCCCAGAAGAAGGGAAAGGAACAACUGGUCCAACAUCUGAAAUGCCAGGAUCCCAUGGUAUAACACCUGGAGAAUCAGGGAAAACAGGAACAUCAGAAUCUGGAACUAGUGGGUCACCUGUUAAAGGUUCUAGAACAACUGAAUCACCAUCUAAAGGAACUGGGACAACCAGAACCCCAGGAGAAGGGAAAGGAACAACUGGUCCAACAUCUGAAAUGCCAGGAUCCCAUGGUAUAACACCUGGAGAAUCAGGGAAAACAGGAACAUCAGAAUCUGAAACAACUGAAACAUCUGCUAAAGGGUCUCAAACACCUGAAUCAUCAUCUGAAAAAACCACAACAACCAGAUCAUCAGCUGAAGGGAGAGUAACAACUGUCUCAACAGGUGGAAUGUCAGGAACCACUGGUGUAACAUCUGCUCGAUCAGGGACAACUGGAUCACCUGCUCAGGGUUCUGGGACAACAGAAUCACCAUCUAAAGGAACUGGGACAACCAGAACCCCAGCUGAAGGGAAAGGAACAACUGGUCCAACAGCUGAAAUUCCAGGAUCCACUGGUAUAACACCCGGAGGUUCAGGGACAACUGUUCAGGAACAAGUGAAUCAUCAUCUGAAAAAACCACAACAACCAGAUCAUCAGCUGAAGGGAGAGUAA